AUGCCAACCACGGUACCAAGUGAGCCUCCACUUGAAGACCUGAACGAGGGCCACACUGGACUGAAUGCCAUUGUAUUCCCGAUCCUGGGGGUUCUGACCGGUGCAUUCUUCACUCUUUCUCUCGUGGCCUGCCUCUACCUGUGGUGCCACUACAGACAGAAGAAAAAUGGUGAAGUGGCUCGUAAACGGACAGUUGAGGCCACCUUUCACACAUACUCAUCCCCAAGUACACUCUCCUCAUAC